UAUUCUUUGACUUAACGGACCGUGACGUCAUGGCUCGACGGGCCAAUCAGAGCCCUUCGGGCACCGCGGAGAUUUGAAAACAGAAAUGGCGGAUGUUCGAGCUGUGCUGCAGCGCUGUGACCCGUCCCUCCUGGACCCCAGCGGAGACUCUGAGUCGGACUGUGCAGAAGCAGCCGGGAUGGUGCUCUACCUGACGGACAGUCGUCGUGUCCAGAAAGUUUUGUGGCGUCAGCUGUUUGUUCUGGACUCCAUGAUGUCGCUGCUGGAAGGUCUGGAUUCUGCCCAGCAGCUGAUGACACAGUCCAGCCCACCCCAACCCGAGGGCGGGGCCCGGGGCAGGUGGAAGGCCCUCAAGGCGGAGAUCAGGUCUGGGGUGGAGGAGACGGAGGCGCUCCUCAGGUCUCUGCAGGACAAAGUCCAACAGAUCCACAGCAAAAGACACACGCUUACGCAUCUGGUUCAGCAGCUGCGCAGCAAGAAGCAGCAGUGUGACCAGCUGGGGGAGUCUCUGCAGAAGGCCCAGAAUGCACUGCGGUCCUGCGAUCACCGGCUGACUCAGCUGAAGGCGGAGUCGGAGGCGGCGCUCGCCCAGCUGACGGGCUGGCAGCGGCUCAGAGCCGAGCUGCAGCGGCUCGUCCCGGCUGUUCAGGGCCUCAUGCAGGUCAACCUGCUGUCCUUCAACAAGUCAGAGCUGUCCGUCGAGUUCAGGUCACGCCCCUCCUCUAACCUGUCGGCCUGUGAGCUGGAGCCGCUGAAAGUGUCGGUUAACUGGAGCCACGACGACCGCUUCACGCUGCAGGCGAACGAGUGCACGGUCGGCCUGCAGGAGGACUGGAUGCUGGGUCGCCGGGCAGAGCUGGGAGCCACCCUGCUGGAGGCGAUGCAGUGUUACCAGGGUCAGGCCGAGCUGCUGACAGAGAUCCAGGCGCUGAGGUCCAGUUUUGCUAUCGACUGGAAUCCGGCUCAGCGCCUGCUGAUCUACCUGAAGUCUGCGUCGCUGGUGUGCCACCUGGAGGUGGAGGAGGGAUACCCGAGCAGCGGGACGGCUCGACUGUUGUCAGUGAGGCGAGAUGGAAAACCCCUGGACACAUCUGUACUGAAGCCUCCUAAAACGGACCUCAGUCUGACCAAGUGGCUGGUGUUUCUCUGCAGCAGUGACCUCAUCUGACUUUUGUUUUUUCACUUUCUACUUUUCUUCCUGCACAUAUUUUUCUUCUUUUUCCUCACACGUCCACUAGAUGUCAGUGUCUCACCUGUAUCUCCUGUCCUUAGACUGAGUCUGUACAUAACUGUUCAUAAGAGCAUUGUUUCUGUUACUUACCAAUACAUUUUGUAUACUAGGACCAAACUGCUUGUUAAGCAUCAGUUAUAAAUCAAAUUAAACAAGAUAUUGGAAAGAAUUCAACUUUACACCCUUCAUUUGCUUGUGGUUUGUUAAAUUCUAGUUGCUGAUAGUUGUGUUUAUUAUUUUAUGUUAUUCCUUCAUGACAACACAAUUAUUUAUGCAGGUGAAUAAAAAAAUAAAAUAUUGCCAGACUGCAAAUGGAUUUUAAGAAGUUGCAAAAGUAAGGUAAUUGUUACUUUAUUAAUCUUUGUUAAUUGUUAAUGUAAUCCUAAAAGAAAGUACUUGAGUAAAAAUAAUAAAAAUAAGAUAAAUAGAAAUAAAAAGU